AUGUCGAACACUGAGCAAAGGCCAUUUGUGCCUUCGAAAAGAAUCAAUACCGACUACCCUCUUAUCGACAGUGACCCACAUAUCAAACGAGUACUCAGCUAUGCACGACCAUCGGACUAUGCGGUCGGAGCAGUGACAGCUACCGCUGGACCGGGCUUGAUGUUAUUGUGGGAACAAGUUGCACCUUCACUUGUUGGAAAGGGAGGAUUUGCUCCGAUUAUGCGAUUAUCGGGGGUUAUUGGUGCUGGAGCUGGGUUCUUCAUGUUUUACCAACGUUCUAUACUGCGGUUCUACGGCUUCACAGAAAAUAAGCGCGAGCAAGACCGGGAUAUGAAAGAAAUGGUUAGCAAAGUCAGGAAAGGAGAGUCUUUAUAUGGUGAAAGCGCAGCUACACCAUAUAUGCAGGGAGUCGCAUCGAGAAACUCAAGAUAUGCAGGAGUUUUCUUGCAUGUGAUGCCUUGGUUCAAUUUGGUAAAUCAUAACCAACAUGGAGUGGAUACCGCCAAGUAUUACCAACAAGCAGAGAGGGAGUUGGAGGCUGAAAGGACAGGAAAGGGUUUGACGAACUAG